AGAUUCGCAUUCGCAUUCACGCUGUGAUGAGGAAAGUGGGACAUGCAUUUAAGUCUGUAAAAACUUGCAGUCGCAUUCUAAACGCCUUAGUUUGUGGAAGGUGGUCUACUGAUUAUAUAACUUUACAAAUGUUAUACACUUCAUCUAAUAUGGGAAGAUAAUGGGAUUAUUUUUGCUAAUAAUGGCCUGCCACGCUGUUGAAAUUGAACCAAUUAGCAGACACCGGACCUGUUCACUUCCAAUCAAUGAAGUGAACAUGAAAAUGGCCCAACGUUUGGAGAGGAGGAAUUUCUGGAAUUACGAGCAAAGUGUCGGAAGAAUGAGGAUGCAGCCAAGUAUCAUCCUUGGGGCACAAAGGUUCUUUGGCUACAGAAACAUCAUACAAAUCCAAAAGUCCAAAUUUAUGAAAUUUGCAGCCCGCAGAACAAUGCAGGUAUGAAUCGUGACGGGCUGCAUACGAUCGGCGGAAGACGAAUACCAGAAAAAAGUGUCGACUUCAAUCAAAUUGGGUUCGUAAACCCAAUCAAAGAUGGGGUGUCAUUCUUACCUUGGGUGACACCCAAAGCAACAAAAUCUUGUUAUGCUGUGUUCAUUCUGGAAUCAACGGGGUCACAAACGGAUGCCCCGCGAUUGCCUACUCUUGGCCGACAAUUUUUUAAAAUUACGUGGGCGUGUUGGGAGGGGGUGUGGCUUUUAUUGAGAUCCCACUUUUGCGCCGCAGCUAUUGCACCUACAGGGUCAAAAUUUAACAUGAACAUACCUUGGGUCAAUCAAAACAAGGACCAUUUUCGCUUUUUUCGAAACUAGGUCACGGUGACCGUGUGUGGGUCAAAAUGCAAAAUCCGUCAAAUAGGUCGUAACCGGGUCAUGUGGGGUAUCGUCGGAUGAGAGGAUUCGGAAUAUGUAUACUUUGUAGGGAGUAUGACCACUCCCUGAUGUUACAGAGGCAGAAUUUUCAAUUUUCCAGAAUUUAACACGGCAGUAGAUUGAGAGCUAACAUAGCAACAGAUGGGAACAAACUCAAAAAUUCAUUGGUCCCUGGAUCAUAAGUGAGAUGCUAUACACCCCACAAAGUAUAUAUAUUCUGAAUCUCCUCAUCAAUACACUUCUCACUAUACCCCGUAUAUGGGGUUAUGUGAGACUUUAUGUCCCAAUUUGUCCCACUGACCUCUGAAACAAGGUCAGGUAGGUCGAUUUCGACUUUGAGGUAAUUUAACUAUACCGGCUUACUAAGGGCCAAUAAUAUACCAAAAUUUGAAACAAAUCGAACAAGUGGUCAUUACGGAAAUUAGCAUUAAGGGUACUUUGUACCAAUUUCGAGAUGUUCCAAUAAAGUACCCUUAAUACGUGACCUAGGAGGUUAGGUUCUACCCAACGGCAUUCUAAGUAGAAUAUAGGGUUUCUGCAGAGAUUUGAAAGGCUAGAAACCAGAAAGACACCAUUUCAUAAACGUGGAAGUUAUGGCUAAAAAUCGAAAAAAUGGGUCGAAAAUUUCAGCUUAAAAUCAUUAUAAGUCCACAACCGCAAAUUAUGCUUAGUGGUGGCAGGGGGUGGGGCAAUUUGAAAGUCGGGGAAAAAAUGUAUUAUUAUUUUUCCAAACUGAAUCCAUUGAUGACAUUUAGUUUCCUAUCCAAGAGACUGUGAAAAAUCGCUUGUACAGUUCGUCAUUAGAACUCAAGUCGCCCAGAGCUAGACCGACUGGGGGUCCAGUUUCAGAAAUUUCAUAAUUCAGUUGAGAUCCCAUCAUUCGGCUGAGAAAAAGGACAUAUCACAUGACAGGGUUUGGAUUAAACCGGGAAAACGCCAAUAACCACACCCACUGGGGGUGUGGUUUCGGAAUUUUACUUCCUCUGUCGGAAUCUCCUCGUCGAGCUGAGAAAAAUGAUAUGUCACACCCAUGUUUUGGGUGAAAUCGAAAAGACGCCCAGAGCCACACCCACUGGGGGGUGGGCAUGUGACCAAUUGAAAAUUUUUAAAUGUGACCUGUGUAUCGGGGUAUGUUGUCGACAAGCGAUUCGAUUUUUAUACUUUGAAAUUCCGCUGCAGGAAUUAUUUUUAUUUUACGUGUUUUUUGAACUUGUGACCUUAAUUGCAAGGGGGUGUGGUCGAAUUUAAAAAAUCUGGGAUUAAAUGUUUCGCCGUUUGACUUGAAGUUUCCAAAACAGGGGGAAUUUUGAAAAUCGGUCAACAAUUGGAAAAGUAAUUCGAGUUUCAAAUUUGCAAUGCUGACAAGCAUUACGAGAUCGGCCAAUAAGCCUCUUAGCAAGAUAUAAUAUAAAAUGUGCUUAAUUAUUAUGCCUCAACCAUAGUCGUUGCACGGUUGUCACACAAGGAUUCGUCCCAGGGACAUUUAGGAUAACCAAGGCCACGCCUAAUUCCAAUAACGAUUGCGAGAAUGGUGUUUUUAUUGAUAUUCAACAACAGGAGCAGAUUGAAAGGGAAUGUGAAAGUGAGCAGCCAGCCGUGCCACCUCCAGACAAUGACAGAGAACAGGCGGUUUGCAGGCGAUCCCAACUCGUCCAAACGUUUAUGAGCUUUGGUGACACUCAUUCUUCUAAACCUGAAUUCCUGCAUCCAGACUUACAAGGAGACGUCUUAGAUGCUUACUCCAUAUCGUACCCAGCACUUAGGGUGCACUUGCCUGAAAUAGUACAAGCUCGACAAAAUGAAGAAAGCAUACUGGAAGUCAACUGGAGAAAUCUACAAGCUGCCGUAAAAAAACUUCGUCCCUCUAUUGAACCAUGGUUGGAGGAAAGGAACCCAAAGUUUUGGGAAUGGUUGCAGUUCCAGGAAAGAAUGGGAAGAGCGACCAGUGCCGACCCUGCAAUUUCUGCACAGAAUACUGAUGAAGGAACUGGUAUUACAGUUGCCUUCACAUGUUCGUUAUGCUCUAAAUAUCAUGGGAAAGGGGUUCUUCAUGAGCGAUAUGAAAACGCAAUGGCUAGGCCUGAGGGAUAUACAACUAUGAACGACAAAACUCUCAAGGAUGUACUUAUCGGGCACCACAGAAAGGAUUGGCACAAAGAAGCUCUUCGAUUAGAGGAAGAGAAAAAAGAAUUUUCACUAAAGCGUUUCUUGGAAAUAAUGCAAGAUCAGUCACUACAAAAGUUAGGACAGAAGGAACAGGCAACAGCGUUAAUGCUGAUGACAGUAUAUGGAGAAGUAAGAAUGGAUGUGGCUACCAAUAAACAUUCCACGAGGUGUGAUUUGCUCGAAUUUCGUGGAGUCAACAUAGGUUACCAUCAUAAAGACAAGAACGCAUGGCUCAGGAUGGCUACACACAUGUCUGAUCAAAUACAAACAAAAUAUUUGAUGCGGUUGACAAAACGGCAACGACCCAUAGCAUUUAUCACAGAUACUACAACAGACUCAAUGGGGGUCGAGGUUUUGGUAGUGCUUAUUCAAUCUGUGGAAGAAGGAGCACCUGUUGUAUUAUUUCUCGGGUCAUAGAAUCCGAAUUAACACAACUGGCAAGGGGUACCUUCGAGAAAUUAUAAAGAUGAUAAAAGGAAUAUCUGACAAAGUUAAGAAAAACAUGCCUUCUUUGAAUCUGCAAAAGUACCUUGAAGACAAUCUAGUUGCAUUCAUAGCCGAUUGAGCGGCAGUUAUGCAAGCAGAAGGGAAAGGACUUGGAGUUAGACUUUCGAGGGAAUUCAAGAAGGACCCUAAGAAACUCAUUCGGGUACACUGUGCACCCCACAAGCUAAAUCUUGCAGCCAAACACACAGUCAGACCCAACUCACAUAUCAAAAAA